AGAGUGUCCCGGAGGGAACAAUCCCUGCAGAAUGCUGCCAGGGGGCUUAAAGGAAAGAUGUGUUUGGUGGUGGCAUCAUGCUGGAGUUGGCGAAAAUGGCUUUCUACCCUUAAUGUCCCUCCAACACCUGUGCUGAACCGCGAGGAUGAGGAAACCUGAAUAGUUCUGCCCUCUAAUCUGUGAUUGGCUGAGCAGGGUGAUUGACUUGUGAUUUGUUGGCAGUGUUUUAAUCUAUUCCUGUCCCUGAUUGGCUGUCAGCGACGUCAAUCAUUCACCCACCAUUCACAUUCUAUCCUCAUCUUCCAAUGGACAGACUGAAAACCAAGUGAGGUGACUUUGAGUGAAAGAACAAAAUUUAUACAGAUUGUAUCCCAUAAUAUUCACACUAAUGUUCAGGACUGAAUAUCCAGUGAGUGAAGGAGCAGAGUUUAUACAGAUUGUAUCCCAUAAUAUCCACACUAAUGUUCAGGACUGAAUAUCCAGUGAGUGAAGGAGCAGAGUUUAUACAGAUUGUAUCCCAUAAUAUCCACACUAAUGUUCAGGACUGAAUAUCCAGUGGGUGAAGGAGCAGAUUUUAUACAGAUUGUAUCCCAUAAUAUCCACACUAAUGUUCAGGACUGAAUAUCCAGUGAGUGAAGGAGCAGAGUUUAUACAGAUUGUAUAGCAUUGUAACACAGAAAGGGGUGUGCAGUACGUGUGACUAUACCUGGGUGAGACAUAAUUUGAAUGAGAAGUUAGGAAUUUGAUUCAGGUGGAAAUUCAGGGCAGAGCAGGAAAGAGGCACUGCUUUUUCAUCUUUUUUCAGCAUCCAGUGGUUUUUGAGUUUCCUUCCUCUUUUCCAAGCUCGAAGGAUUGCACCGUACUACACCAGAGAAUACAGAGAGGAUAGACACUGCAGAUAGACCCUGACCAUCAUCCAAGUAACAACUGCACAACUGUGGGAAGGUAUCCAAUCCCUUCACAGCAUUGCUCAACACAGAGAAGGUUAGGCAGUGAAAUCAUCAUCUGGAAAUCGGUCGGGUCAAGGGAGCUUUGACAUAUCAUCAGAUCUGAAACUGGUCAGUGGUGUGGAACCUUCCAUCAGAACCAACCUUUCUGAAUGUUCGGCUGUGGGCAAUUGGUCAGGGUGAGGCUGGGAAGAAGUGUGAGUGGGCUCCAAAUGUGGUGAGAAAUUCAAUCAUUCAUCGAACCUCAUGAACCACUGACUCAUUCCUACAGGUGAGAGGCUGUUCAAGUAUGAGGUGUGUGAGGAGGGAUCCAUAGGCUGAUAAAAUCUCCUAAAACACAAGGUUUAUCUGUUGUACUGCCUGUAACAUAAAAACAGAUUCAUGGAAAAGGAGCCAUUCAAGUGUGAAGUGCGUAACCAAGCCUUCACACAGCCAUUGGAGCUCAUGCAACAUCAACAUGUCCACACAGGGCAGAAACAAUUCACAUGUGAUGUGUGCAACAAAUCAUUCACACAUUCAUCGAGCCUCCGUGUACACCAACGGAUUCACACAGGGGAGAAGCCAUUCACAUGUGAAGUGUGCAACAAAUCAUUUUCACGGUUAAUGACCCUCCGGGUUCACCAACGCAUUCACACAGGGGAGAAACCAUUUACAUGCGAGGUGUGCAACAAAUCAUUCUCACAGUCAUCGGCCCUCCGCAUACACCAACGCAUUCACACAGGGGAGAAGCUGUUCACGUGUGAGGUGUGUGACAAAGCAUUCAUACAGUUAUCAAGCCUCCUGCGACAUCAGACAAUCCACACAGGAGAGAAACCCUUUCAGUGUCAUGUUUGUGAUAAAGCUUUUGCAACAUCUUCGAUCCUCUUGAUGCACCAGAGGAUUCACACACAGGAGAAACCUUUCAGGUGUGAUGUGUGUAAGAUGGCAUUCACCCAAAGCUCUGAUCUCCUGAGGCACCGGAGGAUUCACACAGGGGAGAAACCUUUCAAGUGUGAGGUAUGUGACCAAGCCUUCACACAGCCAUCGACGCUUGCGCAACACCGACGCAUUCACACUAGGAAGAAGCCGUUGCCAUGUGAUGCGUGCAACAAAUCGUUCUCAAGGUCAUCGGACCUCCUGCUGCAUCAGAGGAUCCACACAGGCGAAUAACACUUCAAGUGUGAAUUUUGUGAUAAAACUUUCUUGAUGCCUUGAACCUUCUAGAGACAGCAGAGGAUUCACAUGGUGUGAAACUCUUCAGGUGCGAUGUUUGUGUAAGGGCUUUCAUCCACUCCUAUGAUCUCCUGAAGCACCAGUGGAUCCACAUUGGUGACAAACCAUUCAGGUGUGAGGUGUGUGACAAGGCUUUCACACGGUCAGUGUAUCUCCUGGUCCAUCAGUACACUCACACGGGAGAAACCCUAUCGGUGUGAGUUCUGUAAUAAAGCUUUCACACAGUUGUCAGACCUCCUGGAAUAUCAGUGAACCCACCCAAGAGACAAACCCUUCCUUAUCUUUUCCCUUAGGAUGCAUCCUGGAGUAAUGAACAGUUUUGACAGAGGAAAGCAGGACCACUAGUGCUUGAUGUGGUCCAGUCAGACUGGUAACGAAUGGCUAAACCAGUUGUAUAUCAGAUACAUUCAAAUCUUCACCCCGUGGAUUUGAGAAGCAGAGAGAUUGACCAGGAAGGAAGGGAGUAAAGUUAAUUUUGGAAACAAGGGUGUGGAAGGUGGAUAUGAGGGAGUGAUUAAACCAGAUUGAUGGCUACAGAAGUAUUGUGGUGAAUGGAGGGUCAAAGGGCAAAGAAUUGGGAAUUAGAAAGUGCUGUCCAAUUCACCUGAGAGAAGAGUUUCUUCCAAAAAUGGGUCUAUGGACCCAUGUGACCAAUGGAUUUCUGCAAUCAUUGUUGAGUUUGUAUGAUGGAAAUGAGCUACAUCCUGUGCCAUUCACUUCAUUGGAAUUGGAAUUGGGAGCCAGACUGAAGCACAGGAAUUUUAAGUGAACUGUUUGUUGUAUUCUGAGACAGUUUCCCCUGGGGAGGCGGUUGUGUGUGUGUGUGUUCGUGUGUGUGUCUUUGUGUGUUCAUGACCCAGCUCUCAGGAGUGGGUCUGGGAUAGAAUUGGACACUGCUUUACGUUGGUGAUGUGAAUUAUAGACAGAUCCUCUUCAGGUGUUGGGUGUUUCACUAAUACCAAGAGUAGGGUGUGGGUGAAUCUCUACAGACCUGAGUUCCCUAAGCCCAAUCUUCCUUGAAGUAAUAAUGGAGCGAAACGUUCACCUUACAUUUUUCCAAGAUUCAUUUCAUGUUCGGGGAAAGAUCUUGAGUCAUUUUCAAAUGCUUUGUUAUUUUGGUUGAUCAAACAUUUAGUGAAAAGCUGAAUAUUGUGUUGUUGUUUGUCUGCUGUCUAUCAAUCUUCUGUCUAAAUAUGUAACUCAUGAUGAAUUCAUGUGUUUAGCUUAACCCAAACCACCUGAUUGUCAGCAUGGUAUGUUCCUAUUCAUUGAAAUACUCCAGAGUGUGCAGUAAGAGUCCAGUACACAAUAUAUUGGUCAAUGUCACUGUGGGCUGGUAUACUUCCUCCAUCAAUGGGUUUUAAUUUCCAGUUCACAGGAAGCGUAACAUUUAUCUGAGAGAAAGAAUUGCAUUUAUAUAUUAACCUUCAUGAGCUCAGGGUGUCUGAAAACAUUUUACAGACAGUUAAGUGCUUUUUAAAGUGUAGUCACUGUUGAAAUGUAGGAAACAUGGCAAUUAAUUUGCAAGCUCCCAUAAACAGCAAUGUGAUAAUGAUUGGAUAAUCUGUUUUUGUGAUGUUAUUUGUCUGUGUAGAUUUAUAAUUCUCAAUAAACUCAUGUGUUUAGCUUAAUGCAAAUGACAUGAUUUGUCAGCACAGUGUGUUCCUAGUCACUCUUAUACUCAGGCAGCUAGAUUAUGAAUCCUGUACACAAUCUGUCGGUCAAUGUCACUGUGGGCUGAUAUACUUCCUCCAUCAAUGGAUUUAUAAUUUCCUGUUCACAGGAAGCAGAAUGUUUCCCUAUCAACUUUCACAAGCACUACAUAUCCAA